GGAUUUAGUACAUCUUCAACUAAGCUAACAAUGGCCAAGUAAAGGCUUGAAAUAUUACAAAUAGAGGCAGUAUUGGUGAAUCAGUAUGGUUAUGUAUAUUGGGAGCUCCAUAAACUUUCAUGGAUGUACGCUCAAGAACUAUGGUGCAGUUGGCAAGAAAAACUAUGUGUUUGUACAAUCAUUCCUCGGUUACGCAUACAGCUGCCACACUAAGAGUAUAUCCCACACGAUUCUUAGGCGAUUUGCCAUAGAUCAAAACGCUGUUAUUUUGAAUCACCAAUCGAGUAUUCCGUGCGUCAUACGUUUUGACAAGAAACCCGAGUCAAGCGCACAAGAAACAGAAACCUGCAAGUAAAAUCAAGCCACUGAAAGACUCUUGUACCCACUUAGAACAUACGUCAUCGGGCAUAUGUUUUGGCAUUAGAUUCAUAUUCAAGGGAGAUUAACUUUUUUUUUUUUUCUUUUCUUUUUUUUUAACUUUUAAACCCACAAGGGCGUUACCUUUUUGGAGCUGCUGGGAAUUCCUGAGAAUCUUGUUCUUCGGCUUCACGUAGUAAGAAACUGACUCGGAGUAUCGCCC